CACCACACGCAUAUCAACCAUGCAGGCGAAAGUUCCUUCUGGGUUGCUCUCCUGGCUGCUCUUGGCUGCGCUCUCCCCGCUUCUCUGCCACCUGACCGCGGGGUCCCCGCUGAAAACGCCGCAGAAACUGGACACGAACGAAUGCAUCAGGUUCUCCCGAGUCCUCCUGACUACCGUAUCCAAAGUGCUCACACACGACAAACUGUACAGAGGAUUCAACUGCUCCCAGCAGCUUACGGAAAUCAACAGCACGUUGUCUGCUUGCGAACCAGACGCUGGACAGGAGGAAUGUCUGGGGAACAUUAAGCAGGAUCUGGAGCAGCGCAGGGACAGCCUGCAGUCUUACGAUCGGGCCAAGCUGGAGCUGAUGCCUGUGGUCACGGCCAUCCAGGACCUUCUGCAGACUCCCAGCAGUCCGAGGGCCAGGAAUGACGACUUCGACACGCGAGUGGCCCUCUGCACGGAGCUGAAGGGCUUCCACGUGCGCACCAUCACCAUCAACAGGAUCAUGGGAUACCUGGCAGUUUAA